AUGUCGGCCAUUGAUAGCGAAGCUGUUUUCCUUGCGAAGUGCACCCAGCUUGGAUUACCUGAGGAGGCCAGGAACCAGUUGAAGCGCAAGGGAUGGUCGACCUUCGGGACAUUCGCCUUUUGUGUCCCGGGCGAGCCUGGCCGUAUCGCUGAGGAUGUGUUCAAGACCGGUGUUGCGACCCCGAUUCUGGGGGCCGAUGGCGAUGAGCAUCAUGCUAAGCUUCGCCGGUUGCACUUUGAGGCGUAUGCACUCACUGCGGCCGAGCUCAAGCGCACGGCCGAGUCGACAGAGUCUGAUCAGCCGCGAAAGGUUCCGACGGCUGAGCUUGCGGCUAGGUACAAUGUCUUGCAGCGCAGGGUGUCGCCUUUGCGAUUAGUAGAUAGGCUUGAACCUUCCCACUCCUUGGUAAACUUGGCGGCCCAAAUGCUUGAGGAUCAACGCGUGCGAUACAUUGAAUGGUCAAAGUGCACAAGCCGGGCCCAAGAAAUAAAUCUUGUGAAGGAGGAUUCCAGCUUAAAGGUCCUGCAAGGAGGUCGGACCGGUGCGGUCAAACUUGUGGAUCCGGGAUCUCGGCUCAUGGCUGAGACUAAGUCCGACCUGGAGGUGAUGCAAGCCCUCCGCAGGCGCGGCGUGGCUUAUGAGCUUGCUGCCAUCAUGACGUUUGAGCGGCACGAGGAACUGAUUGAUCGCUUGUUCAUGGAGUAUCAGCGUGAGCCCAUGCAAGGGUUCCAUCCUGUGUCUCUGGCACAGUUGCAGGCCGCCGAUCGUGAGAUCCAUGUGCGUAUGGGUGAGCAUACACGGGCGGGGCUGACCCCGGAUGCGACCGGCGCUCUCCCGCUGGAUGGGCCGCUUGGAAAGGUUCUGAGCGGACCGCACAUCCAUUGGAUGCUUAUGCCGCGCCAGAAGGGCUCUGCUUCAGUCGGGGAUGCCACUGAAAAGCCUCCAAAGUUGCCAAAGCCACCGAAGAAGACCGAUCUGUCGAAGGCGACGGACAAGGAUUCAAGGGGCGACAAAGACCAGAAUGCUGGCAAGGGGUCGGGGCCGAAUGCGGCCGAAAAGCCGACCAAGCAGCGCAAGGUGCGCUUUGUUAUGCCAAAGGCUUUGAUAGGGGGAGUGCCCCGGGAUGAUAGUGGGAACAACAUCUGUUUUGAUCACAAUCUGAAAAAGUGCCCCAACGCCGCUGGCUCCUGCCCGAAGGGGGCUCAUGUACGUGCAGCUGCGUCCACACCCGUGCAUGACACUGCCAGCAGCCAUUUUGGCAACCGCAGUGAUUCGAAUGCAGAAAAGUUUGCCGCGGCAUGCGUCGGCAAAGUCGAUGCUGCUACGAUUCUUCACUUGUUGAGCCUUUUGCCAUCCGAGGCCCCGUCUCGCGGCUCGCGGAUUCAGGGCCACGGAUCCGAGUUUUCUUUUACGACCGGCGCAUAUACUUUUGAUCAUGGUGAGCGACAUGGUUUGCGACAGCAUUGCCGCGAAUUCCCACACACAACCAAACUCUUGAAUGCAUUUAUGAGGCAACAGGCGCCAACUGCGGUUUAUACCACCUUGGCCCUGUUUCGUGAUCUUGAGACGCGGGUUCACUCUGACAAGGGAAAUGACCCCCAGCAGCUGAAUACCAUCGUUAAGGUGUCAAACUUCUCCGAUGGCGGCCUCUGGAUCGCAGACCCGCAAGGCAAGGUGCCAUGCCCUCUGUCCGACGAGCAAGCACAUGGACGUGUCACAACGGCGUCGCAGGAACCAGGGCCGACAAACCCGGUCCCAGUCGGCCCGAUGCGGCCUCAGGCAGCCGACCGUAACGCGCCACCUGAGUCCUCUGGUGUGUUGCGCAACAGUGGCAAGUCAAUCAGACCUUCGUUCCUGGAGAUUUUCUGUGGUUCCGCCGGUUUGUCUGCGGCUGUGCGAAAGUUGGGAUUCCAGGUUCUCGGCGUCGAUCACAAGCCCACCGCUAAGCAUGCAAAUGCACCCUUCAUCAGCCUUGACCUGCGUGACCCUGAGCAGCAGGAACGCUUGUGGGUGGAGUUACGGCGCGCGGAUGCCGUCUGGCUGGCGCCCCCAUGCGGGACCUCAUCUAGCGCUAGGUCGAUACCUCUCGGCAACUCCAAACACGGCCCCAAGCCAUUGCGGUCCAAGGAGUUUCCCGAUGGGCUCCCAACACUGGCGGAUGUGGAUCGUGACCGCGUCAACAGUGCAAAUUUGCUGUAUGACUUUACUGCAAAGGUCUUCCGCUUCUGCAAGUCCAAUGGCAUCUUGUGCAUUGUGGAGAAUCCCGUCGGCAGCCUGAUGUGGCGCACUUCGUGGUUCCGUUCAGAAAUCCCAGAUGGUUUCUGGCAUGAGCUUCAUGCCUGCAUGUACGGAUCUUCCAGGCGCAAACGCACGGCUCUGCUGGCCACUUGCACUUUGCCCGGCUUGAUGCUGCAGUGUGAUGGAGCGCACAAACAUAGGCGAUGGGGUCGGUCCCGCGACCCACAAACCGGGCAAUGGAAGUAUGCCACUUCCGAGGAAACGGCCUACCCUGCAGGCUUCUGUGCUGCCGCUGCUCGCGAGAUCCAGCUGGCGCUUGAGCGUGUUGGCGUCUGUGUGCAACCGUCCGAAUCCACUGACGGCGCAAUCGCAGCGACCUUUGCACAGCGCCAGCCACGGCGGGGCCGUGGUGUCGUGGGUCCUGCUGAAUACAAACGCCUGCACCGCAUUAUCUUGCCGCGGGACUUUCAGCCACCGGAGUGCGUUCCCGCUGAUCCGCCGCCAUGCUUGGUUGACAUCCCUUCGGGUUCAAAGCUGCUAUGGACUCGCGUCUUUGUGGAUGGGGGAGUUGAGCGCCGCGAGGCAGAAUUUGGGGUGUACCACACACCUCAAGAAUUCUUGAAAGAGGCCAUGGCAACCACGCAUCCCUUUGAUAGUGCCGUGUCCAUUGACGGUCCGAACCUUAGGGCCAUUGCCUAUACUCUUGAGCACGGGGUUGCAGCUGUAAAGCAGAAGCGCCUCUCAGUCUUGGAGCAUUAUAGGGCGCUUGAGAAAUCACUGCGGGAGGAUGAACGUGAGCUUAAGCAGUCCAUGGACCCAGCAGUCCGGGAGGUGAUGGGGUCCAAAAAUCUCCUGCUGUUCAAGCAGAUGUUGCUGGAUGCCGGUGUGCCUGACGAGCACCUCUUCGAGGAUAUGGUUCGGGGUUUUAGACUCACGGGCCCCUUAGAGCCUUCUGGGUUGUUCCCCCCUAAGUAUAAGCCUGCGUCUAUCUCGGUGGACGAACUCCGGCGCACGGCCUCUUGGUCGAAACACCUGAUCGAGGCGGCCUGCCGGAAAGCGUCUAAGGACCCGGAUGUUGCAAGGUCCGUUUGGGAAGAGUCUCUUGCUCAGGUGAAGAAAGGUUGGCUGGCCGGGCCUUUCACUUGGGAGCAAAUGGACCAAAAGUAUGGUGGCACUUGGGUGGCUUCCAAAAGGUUUGGGGUUUCCCAGGGUGACAAGGUUAGGGCGGUUGAUGAUUUGUCGCAGUUUCAGGUAAAUGCCUCCGUUACUGAGACAGAGAAGAUUCAGCUUGAAGGGCUCGAUGAUAUUGUGGCACUUGCGAGGUUCCACCUGGGCUCCACAGUGGCCGGCACAAAGGUUUUCCGGCUUCCUAUGUCCGGCGGAGGCGUUUACCAGGGCCGCCUGCAUAGGGACUUCAGGGACGGACGGGCAAGAAAUCUGAAGGGCCGAGCUCUAGACUUGCGGAGCGCCUACAAGCAGUUAGCCCGGCACCCUUCAGACGAUUGGGCAUCGGUGCUAGGUGUCCUGGACCCAGACACCGGCACCGUCUCUUACUUUGAGAGUGCCGCGCUCCCGUUCGGAGCGUCGAGCGCAGUGACAGGCUUUAACCGGGCCGCCCGGGCCCUGCGCAUUAUCAUGUCGAGACUUUUGCUCCUUGUGAAUACGUCAUUCUUUGACGACUUUUGCCAACUUGAGAUCGAUGGUCUGACCGACUCGGCUGAUCAGGCUGCGCUUGCAUUGCUGGACCUUCUUGGCUGGGAGGUGUCUGAUGGCGACAAGCUUAAACCUUUUGCUUCGGAGUUCACUAUGCUUGGGGCCGUGCUAUCCUUCAAAGAUGCUGGCAGGGGCUUGAUUAGGAUUAGAAAUAAACCUGGGCGAGUGGAAGAGAUUGGCGACAUGGUGGAACGCCUUGCCUCCGACCCCGGUGAGGGGGCGCGCUCUCUUCCUUCCCUUAAGGGCAAGCUCUUGUUUGCAGCCUCGCAUGUGUUCGGCCGUUGCGCACAGGUGGCUACGCAGCUUAUUCAUCAUGCUGAAAAACACCAAGGUUCAGGGGCCCAUGCUUGUGUCGAGGCGGCUGUACGUCGCGCUUUGGAUACCUUGAAGGCUGCUGGGGAUCGUCAGGUGAACCUGUGGUCCGAACAGCCGCCUGUCAUAGUUUUCACAGACGGGGCGUGUGAAGAACGCGGCUCUCAGGUGACGCAUGGGGCAGUCAUCGUGGACGUUGCAUCGCAGACAUAUGAGGUGUUCGGGGGCCACAUCCCAGGGCCUCUUGUUGAGGUGUGGCGUGGGUCCGGACGAGUGCAACUGAUUUUCUUCGCAGAGCUUUAUCCAGUCUUGAUUGCGAGGCGCACUUGGGGAAAGGUGUUGAGGAAUCGGAGGGCACUGUUCUUUGUGGACAACGAAGCUGCCAAGGCGGCUUUGAUCCGAAAUUACUCGCCCUUGGUUGACGCCGCCAACAUGUUGGCGGAUAUUGCUGAGCUUGAUGUCGUGAACCACUGUUUUCCAUGGUACUGCCGGGUGCCAUCAAAGAGCAACUUUUCUGAUGCAGCUUCGAGGUUAUCCUUUGGGGAGUAUGAGGAACGCUUCCGAAAGGUGCAGCCCAUGAUCGAGGCAGCUUGA